GACCCGAAUCUGCUACAGACUGGGUCGCAGUCACGUUGAAAACACACAGAGCCAUCCCGGGAGAUUGCUUUCUGCAUGAGGGGUAAAAACCUUGAUCGGCAGGAUCCAGCCGAAAAGACAAGUCUUUGGGCUACAAGGAGCAGAAAGAGGAAGGGAAGGGGAGGGGAGGGGGGAAAUUGGGAGAAAAAAAGAGAAACAUGUCUUCCGCUUCAAACGAAAUCACGAAUACAGUUGAGAUUAAAGAAGAAAACGACAGCUUGCAACCAAAGAUCAACAACACACUGGGUUCUCCAGGCACUCUGGACCCUGAAGUGAGUGCACUUUCUACAAGCCCGGAGAUUUCCGAUCAGGUACCCGUGGAAUUGCUGACCAACCCCGCCGCGGCGCUGACUUUUUCGCCGGAGCAAGUGGCGUGUGUGUGCGAGGCUUUGCAACAAGGAGGGAACCUGGAUCGCUUAGCCCAGUUCUUGUGGUCCCUGCCUCCCAGCGAUCUGCUACGUGGCAACGAAAGCAUCCUGAAGGCUCGGGCUCUGGUGGCUUUCCACCAGAGUCGCUACAAAGAGCUGUACAGCAUUUUGGAGAGUCAUAACUUCGACGCGUCCUGCCACACUUCGCUGCAGGAUCUGUGGUACAAAGCCCGGUACACAGAAGCCGAGAAAGUCCGCGGCCGGCCCCUGGGGGCUGUGGAUAAGUACAGGCUGAGGAGGAAAUUCCCCUUGCCCAGGACCAUAUGGGACGGCGAGGAGAGGGUCUACUGCUUCAAAGAGAAAUCGCGGAACGCGCUCAAAGAGUUGUACAAACAGAAUCGCUACCCAUCGCCGGCCGAGAAGCGGAAUCUGGCCAAGAUCACAGGGCUUUCCCUCACCCAGGUCAGCAACUGGUUCAAAAACAGGCGCCAGCGAGACCGCAAUCCAUCGGAAAACCUUUCGAAAAGUGAGUCAGAUGGUAAUCACAGCACUGAAGAUGAGUCCAGCAAGGGUCAAGAUGACAUGUCGCCUCGUCCAUUGUCAAAUCCAUCUGAUGGAAUGAACCACUCCAAUGUCCAUAGCCCUCCAGAAGGCAUGUUCAUGCAUCAUAUAGGGGAACUGAAGCCCUCCCAGAAUUCCUCUGGCAUACUACUGAAUGGAAAUCUUGUAACUACAAAUGGCUCUCCUGUGUUUUACAGUGGAAAUUCUUUCAUUCAAGGUCCUAAUGGGGUCCUUGUUAAUGGAUUAUCUUUAGGAAAUGCCCAGACAAUAAGUUUAAGUCCACUAGGAACCACUUCCAGCGUGUUGGUUAAUGGGAUCUCAAAUGGGUCUGCUGGUGGCAAUGAACUUAAAACUGAAAGUGUACACAUGCUUACUUCUGAAGAAGCAGUAUCUUCAGGAUCUGCUGAAAUUAGUAGAGGCCCACCCCAAGUAAACCAGUAUAGUCUCGUGCAACUCCAAAAUACAGAAAAUAACAUUCAACUGGUAAAUGGAAAUAUUGGGUUACCUCCACUUCAGCUGCCUUCUGUUUCUGCUGCACCAUCACAGGGAAACAUUUUGAUAACAAACACAUCAGAGGGAGGAACAUUCCUAAGUGGUACAGCAGCCAGUCUUCAGCAAGGUAAGGUCUUCUUGGCCGCUACACUCCCACCGAAUGCAGUAAUGUGCACGUUACCUAAUUCAGGGCAAGCUGUGGCCCCAGUAAAGCAGGAUGCAUUGGAAGGGGGUCUUGUUUUUCCUCAAUUGAUGUCAGUGAGUGGAAGCAAUCAAAUGAAUAUUAACACAUCUCCUGGGAACCAAUCUGGAAAUACUUUACAAACUCAAACCUCAACGCUGGUGAACACAGGGCUGCCCCAAAAUCUGCCUUUGACUUCAUCAAAUCUGCUGAACACGUCAAGUACUUUGAGCUUCAGCCUCACAGUGAGUUUGCCACUGUCAACUACUGCCCCUCUGAAUUGUGAUCAACAGUUGUCUACUGCUGUCACAAAUGCAGUACCGGUAGUGUCGAUGGCCAAUAGUCAGUAUGCUACACUGCAGAACUGUAAUCUACUUACAAACUCUGGCCAAGAGACUGUAACUGAAACUGGUCUUGAUGCUUCUGACAGUGAAGACAAGCCCAGAAAUCCUAUUACGGAAGAAACACAUGAAUAUGGUGGCGGACAUGUGUCUGUACUUCAUCCCCCAGUAAAGGAAAACUACUUGGUAGUUCUAGACGACAAAUCUAGCAACCACCUGACAAUGAUGGACUCUAAAUCCAAGUAUGUGAUAAAUGAUGUGGUUAACAAUGUCUGCAAAGAAUUAGAAACUGAGGAAAAGGAACUGGCAAAACUUCAAAAUGUUUCUAUGGAUGAAGAUCUAAGUGAUAUAUAACUGCCUACAUAUAUGCAGCUGGCUAUUGGAAAUGGGACAGUUUGAAAUUUUCCGUCCUCAUGUUUAGGUAACCAAAGACUGAAGUGUUUCUAUAAUUGUAUUUUAUCUACUUCAUAAUUUAAAGGAAAGAACUGUUAGGAGAUGACUGAGGUAAUCAAACAUUAUCUGUUACACUUUUUUUUUACUGGAAUCUUGAAUUAUUAUCCAUAAGUUGAUAUUUAUUUUUAACACUCCUGGUAUAGUCAGUCAUAACACAUAAGUAGGGACUGGUUAGCAUUUUAAAGUUAUAUGUCUGUACUGAUGGGCUUCUGUAUCAAUUGCUUUAUAUGCAUGGUUUGAUAUCAAUGUACCAUUAGCAAAUGUAAAUGUUACAUUAUGAUAUUUUGGGUACACCAGUCACAAAUUGGCCCAGAGGCAUAUGACACAAAUUUACUUUUAUUGCUUUUAAUAAACACUACCCAAAAAUACACACACACUAAUACUUUUCAAAUGUAACAAUUUACCAAAAGAUUUUCCGACUUUGUGAAUGCAUACUUUCUGGACAGUGUUUUGUAUGACCAAUAGCUGACAAUCAAGAUGGAAUGUAUAGUCCAGGAUCAUUAGAAAUACCAUUGGAAUGUACAGUUUUUUUUGCUUUUAAAUAUCCUGAAGUCCAUGUACUGUGAAUAUGGCUGGAAGUGUGCCAUUUCCUACCUGUCUCCUACCUGCACAAAAUACUAACUUAGGUGGAAUGUGGAAGAAAGUGAAUAUCUCGAAUUGGUACUACUCCACAAUAUUGUUAUAAGAUAGAGAAACUUUUUUUUGAUCUUACUGAUUUAGUUAGUUGAAUGAGGUGCUUUAAUCUUUGCCAGCAAUAACAUAGAGCGCUCCCGUGCAUUGAUUGAGUGCCUUGGCAUUUUACCAGAACCAGAGAAACAAAGUUCAGUAUUCACCAAGACAAGCCAGGCCUGUGACAUUCAACUUAAUGAAUACCUAUACGGGCAGAAAUCUGAAUCAGGUGGCGAAACUAAACCGAUAGCUUUGGAUCAGCCUGCUAUUAUCCACAGCUUUUGCUACUCUAUUCCAUUGCAGUCAGUGCAAUUAAACAUUAAGCACCGUGUACAGUGGAUGGCCAAUCUGAUGCCACCCAUUCUGCACCACUGCUCAAGAUUAAUUUCUACCCCGUAUCACGUUUUAAAGUAGCGAAGUAUUGCUUCAGCAUCUUGAAGUGCUGUGAAAAUCUGUUCCGUGACUAUGAUGCUCAGCUGCUACCAAAGUUCACUUUCUGCAGUCAAUUCCUACUAUCAUCAAAAUUUAUUAAAGGACCCAUUUCAGCAUUAGCUGAUUUUUUUUAAAAAAAGCUAUAUAUAUAUACUAGAAAUGAUUAAAAGUGUUUCUUUUCUGGUUACGCUUUAUAUAUGUACCUACUAUGCAUGGGACAUAAAAUACAUUAUACACACGCACAUUUGGGUUAUGAUUAAUCAAGCAUUUUAGAUCAUGUUUAUCAUCUGUUUGAGCUUUCAUGGUUUAUGGUAUCUUUUGCAUUCCAUAAUAAGUGACAAGCUUGAAGCAUCCUCCUGAAAGAAACUGUGCUGGUCAUUACAUUAGCAAGAUAAAUGCUGAUAUUACAUGGCAUUAUAUCACUUCAGUUGUGAUUUUGCAUCCUUGACAUUGCCUGUAUUUGAUAUACUUCAAAGCAAAUACGGCAAACUGUUAAAAAAAAACUAAAUAUAUUAAAUUGUUAGAAAUGUUAUUAUUUUGCAAACCUACCACAGACCCUGAAUGUAAUGCAAGUUUGACCUUUCCUAUCAAAGAAGCAUCUUAACUUGAAUCAGAUUUCAUGAAGCAAACAAUUUACAUUUAGAAAUUUUUCUAAAUUUUACUAAACUCCAGUGUAUCUUUUUGUGCCAUUUACUGUGCACCCCUAUUGGUGUUAAGACAUUAUAAGGUCUGUUAGAAUGUGCUACAAAAUGUCUAUGUCACUGCACAUAAGAAAAGAUGUUUCUUAUAAAAAUUCAACUUGCCUUGAUCUAUUACUAUUAGUUUUCAAUGCAUAAUGUUUGAAGUGUUGAAACAGAUCCCCUUCCCCCAACAAUCAUUUUCCCCUUCUUUGGCUUGUGUGCCUUGCAGGAAUCUUCCAAAAGUGGAAACAAAUGCUGUGUUUUGUGAAAUGAAAAUUCAGUUACUCUUUUAUGUAUACAUCUUGCAUCUGCUUGUGCAAGUUUGCUGAUUAUCUUAAUGUGUCUUCUUGCAUUCAGUGCCUCUUAUGCUUUUAAUAUAUUUAAACACUGUGAGGCAUUCAAAAACCAGUCCAACCUACUGCAGUUUAAAAAAAAAUCACCUUGGUCUUCUCCAAAUGAGAGGGAAGAGUAGUCAACUAUGAUCUUUUUCCUGAAUGUGAAACCUGCCUGUUCGUUGAGACAAUCCUUCAUGUUAUUUGGAUAAGAAUUUUUAUAUGAUCAUUAAAUUCCCCAAAUUGAAAUAGGUCGACAGGAGGCUUGAGUAAAAUCUUUAGUGAUUCUCACAAUUAAGUUUCUAUCAUGCAAAAAAAAAUCAAAAGCUUUAUUGAAAUACUGGUGGAAAUUACUGCAGUUUUUUUUUCAACUAAGGAGGGAGCUGCACAGUUAUUCAACAUGACAUUAUGCUAAUUUCAACUGUUUUAAUGUUGGGUUUGUGAGCUCUAGUAUUAACCUGACACAGCUGGAAAAUAAUGUGCCUGAUAUUCAUAAAAUUUUGGUUGCCAUUUUUAUUUAAUUUCUUUGGAAUUGCUAAGCUUUGACCUGUGCAAGGUCUAAGGCAGUAAGUGGUGUGUUGUGAAUUUUCUAUGUUUGGUACUUCUAUUUUAAAUGUUUUAUGGAUAAAAUCUUUUUUGUUGAUUCCUAGAAAUGGUGUGUUGAGUAGUAAUACUACACUGUUCCAUCUCCUUGUCUGACUGCACAAGAAUAUUUUUUCUGUCUCUGUAUCAAUAUGUUAGUAAGAAUUGUUUUAUAGCUUGCUCUAAAGGGGUUUUAAUAUAAAGGGAAGCUUUUAUUAGCCAGUGCAAGUUAUAUGCCUUGAUUAAAAUCUAUUUUACUGUACUUUUAAAUUUGGCAUGAAACUUUAUAAACAUCUUACAUUGAUUUUUGAA